CCCCGCCACUCCGCGCCGGCCAUAUAGGCCUCCUCCCGGCUCGCCUCCGCACCGCAGUGGAGGACCGGCCCCUGGCCUGUCUCUGGGCGUUGUGGCCGCUACCGCGGGUUCCGCCUUCCGUCCUCUCCGCCCUCGACGUACACCGCGCCGCCUCUCCGUGGCGGCCCGCGGAGCGUCGCAGCCGGCCCGGGCCCCCGCCCGCCUCCCUCCUAGCGUCCCUCGGUGUCCUUCGCGGGCCGGCGCGAUGCGGCUGGGCCAGAGGCCGGCGGCGCUGGGGCUGCUGCUGCUGUGCGCCGCGGCAGCCGGCGCCGGCAAGGCCGAGGAGCUGCACUACCAGCAGGGCGAGCACCGCAGCGACUACGACCGUGAGGCGCUGCUGGGCGUCCAGGAAGAUGUGGAUGAAUAUGUUAAACUCGGCCACGAAGAGCAGCAAAAAAGACUGCAGGCGAUCAUAAAGAAAAUCGACCUGGACUCAGAUGGCUUUCUCACUGAAAGUGAACUCAGUUCAUGGAUUCAGAUGUCUUUUAAGCAUUAUGCUAUGCAAGAAGCAAAACAACAGUUUGUUGAAUAUGAUAAAAACAACGAUGGUACUGUUACAUGGGAUGAAUACAACAUUCAGAUGUAUGAUCGUGUGAUUGACUUUGAUGAGAACACGGCUCUGGAUGAUGCGGAAGAGGAGUCCUUUAGGCAGCUUCACUUAAAGGAUAAGAAGCGAUUUGAAAAAGCUAACCAGGAUUCAGGUCCCGGUUUGAGUCUUGAAGAAUUUAUUGCUUUUGAGCAUCCUGAAGAAGUUGAUUAUAUGACGGAAUUUGUCAUUCAAGAAGCUUUAGAAGAACAUGACAAAAAUGGUGAUGGAUUUGUUAGUUUGGAAGAAUUUCUUGGUGAUUACAGGCGGGAUCCAACUGCAAAUGAAGAUCCAGAAUGGAUACUUGUUGAGAAAGACAGAUUCGUGAAUGAUUAUGACAAAGAUAACGAUGGCAGGCUUGAUCCCCAAGAGCUGUUAUCUUGGGUAGUACCUAACAAUCAGGGCAUUGCACAAGAGGAGGCUCUUCAUCUCAUUGAUGAAAUGGAUUUGAAUGGUGACAAAAAGCUCUCUGAAGAAGAGAUUCUGGAAAACCAGGACUUGUUUCUUACCAGUGAAGCCACAGAUUAUGGCAGACAGCUCCAUGAUGACUAUUUCUAUCAUGAUGAGCUUUAAUCUCCAAGUCCAUCUCAGUAGAGUACUGGAUCCUUUUAUAAUUUGUUACCAGCUUUACUUUUGUGAUAAAAUAUUGAUGUUGUAUUUUACACUCUUAAGUCUUACCACAGUCAGAAUUACCUUAAUGUAGAUUAUAAUUUUGGUCUUUUAGGAAAAAACAAACAACAAAAACCUGAUAUUUAUUUCAAAAUCUAUUGAAGAAACAAAACAUUAAUAUUGUGCCAUAUGACAACAAAGUCUUUCCUAAAUACUCCAUCUGUUUAGUACUGUAUUGUGGAAUAUUUGAGUUCUAUUUCCAUACUUGAAGAAAUGGAGGAUUUUAGAGAUGCCUGAACAAUAUUAUUUAAGUAGUAUGUGAUUGAGCUAUCAAUUUUUGUGUGUGUUCUAAGUAGAUUUAAUUUGAGAACUGACAGGACAAUGUUUGUAGGUUUAGCAUUUUGUUUAAAAACCUUUAAAGGAACCUUUAGAAGGACUUAGACCUCACAUAUUAAUGUUGAGAAGUUCUGCUUAAUUUUGAAAUGGUUUCUAUAAAGGGUUUUAUUGUAUGAAAUAGAACUUUAUAUUUUUGCAUAUGUAUAGAUAGUAAUUAUAUUUAAUGUAUAACUAUAGCAUUAUGGUGAGUGGAAUUUGACAUUGUCCAAACCUUUUUCAUUUUUGAGUGAUUAAAAAUGAAAUGUCCUAUCUUUUUAUAUGUUUGCUUUUCUUUAAUUUUUCAGAUAACUCUUGAAUUUAGCACAGGUUUUGUCAUAUUGUAUGUUAUCUUGCCUCAUCCAUUCCUUUAUUUGGGUAGUUCCCAAAACUGUCAAAUUAUUCUUGCUGCAUUUUCUUAUUUUUUUUAAAUAAAAUAAUCAUAAUAUAA